GCCGCCGCCGAGCCUUCCCAUCCCUCUGCAGGCGGGCGAGCUGUUUUCUCCUGAGACGAGCCCACCCCGGUGAUCAAAAUAGAGUCCUUCAAGGUGACGGUCGACUUCCUGAAGGUGCCCCUGGGCCUGAAGAAGCCCCCUCUGAAGGAGGCCCUGGCCGCUGUCCCGAGGCCGGCGAGACCCAAGCCCCUCAGCGUGGAGCGGCACAAGCCCCGGCGCUCCGACACCAUGGACAAUGAGUCGCAGUACUCGGGGUAUUCCUACAAGUCCGGGCAUUCCCGCAGCUCCCGCAAGCACAGGGAGCGGCGGGACCGGCAUCGCUCCAAAAGCCGGGAUGGGAGCCGCGGGGACAAGUCCGUGACCAUCCAAGCGCCGGGAGAGCCCUUGCUGGACAAUGAAUCCACGCGGGGGGACGAGAGGGAUGACAACUGGGGCGAGACCACCACCGUGGUGACGGGGACGUCGGAGCACAGCAUCUCGCACGACGACAUCACCCGCAUCACCAAGGACAUGGAGGACAGCGCCCAUCUGGACUGCUCCCGGCAUCUGGGCGUCUCGCUGGCCGGGGCGCUGGCGCUUCUCGCCUUCCUCACCCCCCUCGCCUUCAUGCUGCUGCCCCAGCUGCUGUGGCGGGAGGAGCUGGAGCCCUGCGGGACGCCCUGCGAAGGGCUCUUCAUCUCCGUGGCCUUCAAACUCCUCAUCCUCCUGCUGGGCAGCUGGGCCCUCUUCUUCCGCCGCCCCAAAGCCUUCUUCCCCCGCGUCUUCGUCUUCCGAGCGCUGCUCAUGGUGCUCGUCUUCCUCCUCGUCGUCUCCUACUGGCUCUUCUAUGGGGUGCGCAUCCUGGACUCCCGGGACCGCAACUACCAGGGGGUGGUGCAGUUUGCUGUCUCGCUGGUGGAUGCGCUGCUCUUCGUGCACUACCUGGCCGUGGUGCUGCUGGAGCUGCGGCAGCUCCAGCCCCAGUUCACCCUCAAGGCCGUGCGCUCCGCCGACGGCGCCAGCCGCUUCUAUAACGUUGGACACCUCAGCAUCCAGCGAGCGGCCGUGUGGAUCCUGGAGAACUAUUACCACGACUUCCCGGUCUACAACCCUGCCCUCCUCAACCUGCCGAAAUCCGUCCUGUCCAAGAAGAUGUCUGGGUUCAAAGUCUAUUCCCUCGGCGAGGAAAACAGCACCAACAACUCCACGGGCCAGUCCCGCGCCGUCAUCGCGGCGGCCGCCCGGCGCCGGGACAACAGCCACAACGAGUACUACUAUGAGGAGGCAGAGCACGAGCGCAGGGUGCGGAAGCGCCGCGCCAGGCUGGUGGUGGCGGUGGAAGAAGCCUUCACCCACAUCAAGCGGCUGCAGGAGGAGGACCAGAAGAACCCCCGGGAGAUCAUGGACCCGCGGGAGGCAGCUCAGGCCAUCUUCGCCUCCAUGGCCCGGGCCAUGCAGAAGUACCUGCGCACCACCAAGCAGCAGCCCUACCACACCAUGGAGAGCAUCCUGCAGCACCUCGAGUUCUGCAUCACCCACGACAUGACGCCCAAGGCAUUCCUUGAGCGGUACCUGACGCCUGGGCCCACCAUCCAGUACCACAAGGACCGCUGGUUGGCCAAGCAGUGGACGCUGGUGAGCGAGGAGCCGGUGACCAACGGCCUCAAGGACGGGGUGGUCUUUGUGCUGAAGCGCCAGGACUUCAGCCUCGUGGUGAGCACCAAGAAGAUCCCCUUCUUCAAGCUCUCGGAGGAGUUUGUGGACCCCAAGUCGCACAAGUUCGUCAUGAGGCUGCAGUCAGAGACCUCUGUGUGAGCUGGGGAGGGAUGGAGAGGGGCCGGGGGGAGAGCAUCUCCCUUCCCAUCCAUCUCGGCUUCACCACCUCCGCUGCGGCUCAGGGAGGCCACGGCUCAAGGGCAGAACUAAGGAAGCAGCACCCAUUGCCUGGCUCCAUCACCUGCCUGUGAGCGCUUGGCCAUCGGGGUGGGCUGAGCCCCUUCCUCCUCCUCCUCCUCCUCCUCCCUGAAAGCCAGGUCCCUGGAGCAUCCCCCCCGAAGGUGCAACGGGCACAGGCAGGGAGGAGCCGGCGCUGCGGUGCCGUAACCCAAGGGCUAACUCUGCCUUCAUCACCAGCGUCUUCAAGCACCAUCAGGUCCCAAGGACCUCCGGCGCUUGCCUCUUUUCUACCCGGCUCUGGCCUUAAACCAUUGCCCAGCAUCUGGGGCUGGUUUUUAAUCCUAGAGGUUCUUCUGGGCACUGUGUUGCAAACACCUCCGUGAUCCAUGGCUGCUAUGAAAGCCCCUGGCACCCAGGACACCGUUCCCUGGCUCUCGGAGCAUCCUCUCUGCUGAUGGCUCCCACUCAGCUCUCAACAACAGCAAGUGCAAAGCUGGUUUGUAUGAGAAGCAGAAGAGGGUUUCCAAGCGGUUUCCCUGCUCCUGAUGGGAUCCAUGUCCUUCAUCCCAGCAGCAUCACCAUGGGGCUUCCUGUUCUGGCUGUGGGGUGCAAGCAGAGCAGCUUAAAAUGUGUCUUGGGGUCAAUCCUGGACCUGGAGCCAGCGGUGGGAAUGAAGCGAGCGGUUCCUGGUGGGGAUGCU